AUGAGCAUGUCGUCCCGGCAUCAGCGGGAGAUGAUCACACGUUUUCCGGAGCUUUUGUCGGUGGAUUGCACGCACAAGACCAAUCGGUACAACUACCAAUUGUCCACCCUAAUGGCGAUCGAUGACAAGGGUCGGGGCCAGCCUGUCCAGCAUUCGUUACUCGAACGAAAUGCCGACUGGCGUAUGUCGCGUGCUUUGGAUCACUUGUUCCGGAUGGAUCCUGAUAUUGGAGAGAAAGUGCAGGUUCUUAUGGUCGAGUGA